CAUGGGCAGGCUCGGCCAUGAGCUGGUCAUCGCCCAUUUCAGUCACCCCCACCCUUUGGAGCUCACCUCCCUUCAUCGGCAACCGGCGACCUCCUGCGCCGGCUGCUCUCGCGAUCUCUCCGACCGCGCCUACUCGUGCAAGACAUGCGGGUUCGCGCUCGACGUAUCCUGCGCCCAGAUGCCGCAGCGCGUCCGCCACCCGGCCGACGCCAGCCACAGUCUCACCCUCCUCACCGCCGGUGGCUCCUUCCGCUGCAACGCGUGCGGCGCCGACGGCUCCGCGUUCUUCUACCACUGCGGCGAGUGCAACCUCAACCUGCACUGCUCCUGCGCCGCCAUGCCGCUGUCUGUGGUCCACGCCGCCCACCUCCACCCUCUCACCCUCUUCUUCUUUCCUCACUACGAGAACAGGGGCUUCUCCUGCGACAUCUGCGGGCACCCCGGCUCGUACCAGUGGGUUUACAGCUGCGCCAUGUGCGGGUUCGACGCGCACGUCGGGUGCGCGGCGGCGGAGGAGGCGCAAGCGAAUCCCCCAUGGCACGAUUCCGAAGGCGGCGGCAGCGCCCCACAUUUAGCUCUGCAGAAGAUGGAAACCGGCGUGGGUGUUCGUAAGAUCGACAAACGCAAAGCAAAGAGGAUAGCGAAGAGAGUUGCCGUAACAGUGGGGACGAGCUUAAUCUGCACUAUCCUAUAGAAUAAUGUGCUUGCGUUUACUUCAACGAUCUCAAACCUGCAGCAGUCACAGAGAAUUCCUCCUCCCUCCGAAUUCCAACAGAUCGCUUGUAUGUGUUUGCUUCGAUGCCACUGACCUAUAAGACUUGCUUGUUGUUGGUCGAUAUCUUUUCCGGCCUGAGAAGGCGAGCUCUUUCAAGUUGAAGUGGAACAUGUUGCAGAAUGGUUUAUGCGGUCAGUGAUCAUGAUGUGCUUCUUUGUGACUUUCCAUGUGUUUCCUGUUGCACGUCGCGCAGCAAAAUCUCACCCAAAAAAGAGCUUCUUUUUCUUCUCGCCUACGUGCCCCGUCCACGCCGAAGUCUUCGAUUCGCAUACCAGUGAUUGGCGCGGUGAGACACGGCGAUGUAAGCCGACCUCAUGUGGAGAAGUUACCAUCCUCCGUUCGUUUCCCUUGCCGCAGUAGUUUCUUCUCUCUCCCUGCCUUCUUUUUGUGGAAUUGUUGCUCGAAUCUUUUUCGAUAUGCAUAUAUCUUAAUGGGGGGAAGUUGUCACGGGGUGUGGAACCGAUCGCUGCUGUGGCCUGCAAUCCUACCAGAUUCCUUGUUUGGUAUUUGGUACCCAAUCGUUGCUUUCCUUUUGAUCUUUUCACCGAUAAAAAGGUGGUCUUUCGUUGGCUUCCUGGGAGGGGAGUGAGAGGCGAGGGGAAGAGGGAAUCAGGGCCUUUGGGAAUGUAGGUGGUGCGGACUGGGGUCGCUUUUGGCUUUGGGUCGGGUAGUGGGUACUGAGAUCGCUGCUGUAGAUGAGCUGCUUUCCUUGUUUCGGCCCUCGCCGGAGGGAAGCGAGCGGUAGAAUCAAUGACAGCGGUGGCUCCCGAUCCGCUUCGACAUUCGUCGUCGAUUCUUCCUGAGUACAUCUGCAAGAAAAUUCACCUUUAGGGAUCUCGCAAUAGCCACCCAGAACUUUAAGGAAACCAAUUUGAUCGGGGAAGGAGGCUUCGGAAGGGUUUUCAAAGGGCGGCUUGAUUCGGGCCAGGUGGUGGCCAUCAAGCAGCUUAAGCACGAUGGACCUCAGGGGAGUAAAGAAUUCUUGGUGGAGGUUCUCAUGCUGAUCAUGUUGCGGCAUCCUAAUCUUGCGAGUUUGAUUGGAUACUCUGCCGAGGGAGAUGAGAGGCUGCUAGUUUACGAGUACAUGCCCGAGGGCAGCUUGGAAGAUCACUUGUUUGAUCUAUCUCCCAACAAACCACCUCUUGAUUGGAACAGAUGAGUAAAUAUUGCUCUUGGUGCUGCAAAAGGGCUUAUGUACUUGCACAAUGUUGCAAGCCCGCCAGUUAUUUUUCGGGACAUGAAGUCUGCAAACAUAUUAUUAGAUGACGACUUCAACCCUAAGCUCUCUGAUUUUGGACUCGCUAAACUUGGUCCUAUCGGUGACAGGACACAUGUUUCAACGACAGUGAUGGGCACAUAUGGCUACUGUGCUCCUGAUUACGCGAUGAGUGGUAAGCUAACCCUGAAGUCUGAUGUAGACAGUUUCGGUGUGCUGCUUUUGGAGCUGAUAACUGGACGACGAGCUUUUGAUCCUUCAAGGGCUCGUGCAGAGCGGAAUUUAACAAUAUGGUUUCGUCCUUUUCUCAAUGAUCGGAGGAAGUUUUCGCAGUUAGUCGAUCCAUCUCUAGAAGGACGAUAUCCACCACGAGCCUUUCAUCAGUUGGUUGUCAUCGCCUCAAUGUGUCUUCAGGAGCAGGCGCAUGUUCGGCCUAUCGUAGCUGAUGUCGUCUUUGCUCUAGACCAUGUGGCAUCUCAGCCCUAUGUCCAAGGAUCCGACUCCAAGAUCAUCAAAUCCUCUCCAUCCCCCUCUUGAGAACAAGGAAAGGGUACAGCCUCGAGAGGAGUUUGGCCCGACAAUUCACCAAGUUGUGGCGUGGCAAGUCUACAGAACCAACAAUAUGGAUCAAGGGAUUGGGUAUGGUACAUUGCUCAUAUAACCAACCACAUGUAACUGCUGUUUGAACCUUCUCAGGCAAUGAUCAUUAGAUACCGGUAUCACCUCGUCAAGGAUAAUUAGCCGAUGUAAGAAGCCUUACGACAUCGGUUUUGUACAGGUUAAACAUGCUUCGUGUUCUCAAAUCUGAUGCUUAUGUAGAAAGAACUAUGGUAUCAGUUGAGAUUUGCGAUAAUCCGCUGAGAUCCAUGGAUGUUGACAUCAAGAUCUGUAUGCAUCUGGUUUUUGUCGAUAACUAGUGUGUAC